CUCAUUCAUCAGAAAAUAGCCAGAUCAGCCUAUACAACCAUGUUCAAAACCACUGCGUUUAUGCCACUUCGUAUUGCCUCUUUGGCCAUGCGUACUUCCAUCACUGCACCAACGAGAGCCUUUGGUACUGUUCAGACCAAGACCAGCCUGGUUUUUUCAGAACCUCGCUCUAACUCGGGCACUGAGUAUGGAGGUGUACAUACCGUCACUUUGAUUCCAGGAGAUGGUGUUGGUCAGGAAAUGGCCACUUCUGUCAAAUCAAUCUUCAAAGCUGUUAAUGCACCCAUCAAUUGGGAACAGUUUGAUCUGUCAGGAUAUACAGAGGCGGAUGCUAAUCUGCUUCGUCAAGCUAUGGACUCUAUUCGCAAGAACCGUGUCGCUCUUAAAGGUGUCUUGUACACUCCAGUUUCUCGCCUUGGACAUACGUCGUGGAACAUCUUUUUGCGCAAAGAUUUAGAUGUGUUUGCAUCUACUUCGUUGAUUCAGAAUAUACCUGGAAACUGGCCUACUCGCCACAAGGGAGUCAACCUGGCAAUUAUUCGUGAGAACACAGAAGGAGAGUACUCUGGCAAGGAGCAUUCUCCUGUUCCAGGUGUUGUCGAGUCACUCAAGGUUGUUACUCGAGCCAAGACUGAGCGCAUUGCUCGUUAUGCAUUUGAUUUUGCGUUAAAGAACAAGCGCAAGAAGGUGACGAUUAUCCACAAGGCCAAUAUCAUGAAACUGGGAGACGGACUGUUUUUGAACACUUGUCGAGAGGUAGCCAAAGGAUACAAGAGUUUUGGCAUUGAAGUGGAAGACAUGAUCGUAGACAAUGCAUCGAUGCAGCUUGUUUCCAAACCACAUCAGUUUGAUGUUGUUGUGUGUGGUAACCUGUAUGGUAAUAUUCUGUCGAAUGUGGGAGCAGCACUUGUUGGAGGGCCAGGACUUGUUCCGGGAGCUAGCAUUGGACGUCACUAUGCAGUGUUUGAACCAGGAUGUCGUCAUGUAGGCAAGGACAUUAUGGGACACAAUACAGCCAAUCCAACAGCUAUGUUGAUGUCAUCUGUGCACAUGCUUCGUCAUCUUGGAUUAGAUGAGCAGGCUGAUCGUAUCUCGGCAGCAUUACUGGCGGUGAUCAAAGAAGGUCAUGUGCUGACACCAGACAUUGGUGGAACCAGCAGCACCACAGACUUUACCAAGGCCAUUAUUGCUAAACUCUGAAGUUGACCAAUGAAAAGCGGUACCAAUAAUAAAAAAAUUGAAAUCCACCCC